AUGUUUUCAUCUUAAUUUACUUGGACCAUUCUGUAAAUUAUUACUAUUAGCAUCCUCUAUUAUUUUAUAUUUUAAGCUAUUACUGUUGAAGAUUAAUAGAAGUAAAUAUCUUUUAUAAGACAUGGGGCAAGAUCACCUAAUAAGUAUAAUCCAUUAGAUUAAAUAUUAUGGAAAAAUUAUAAACCUGGUUAUCUAACAGAAAAAGGAUUUCAAUAGCUUUAUGACUUAGGUUAAUAAUCAUAAACAGAUUAUUUUUAUGAUUCGGACAAAAAUUGUAUAUAUCAAAAAUUAAAUUUUGUUUCAUCUGUUAUACCAAGGGUCAUGCAUUCAUUUAUUGCUUUUGUUUAAGGAUUAUGUCCCAAUAAUUUUUAAGAAAUCUUAAGAAGUUAUUUUUUAGACUAUUAUUCAAAGUAUUCUUAAAAUGAAAAAAUUUUAAAUGAAAUUGUGCAAUCAAAUUUUACAAAUCCAUUAAAUUUUGAUUUUAUAACAUUUAAAAUGGAACGUGACUUUUUAUUUCAUGGUCAUAGUUCAACCUAAUGUCCUAAAUUAGAUGAUAUUAAAUUAGAAAUUAUGAACAACUAAGAAUAUUUAAAUAAGAAUGAAGAAUUUAAACAAAGACCAGAGUUUUAAGAAGUAUUUUAACAAAUGAAAUAUUCUAAUUCUUCUUUAGAUUAAGCAACAAUUACAAUUAAUAAAAUGAAAACAUUUUAUGGUGGUUACAAAUGUAAUAAAUAUUAAGGAUUUGAUAAACCAGUUCUUUCAUUGAAUGCUCAAAAAUAUUUAGAUGAAGUAAUUAGGUUUUGAUAUUUUAGGUUUUUAUCUAUAAAUUUUAUAAUAUGGAUAAUUCAAGAUCUAUUCAACAUUUUUCAGCAUUAACUGAAAUAUUUUAAUGGAUAAUUCAAUAAAUUAACGGAGAUCAUACUAUUAGUAUAUAUUUUGGACAUGAUUCAAAUUAAGUUGCAAUAUUAGCUGUUUUAAUUGAAGAACCACUUAUUCCUCCUUUCGCCUCUAAAUUGAGUUUUGUUAUUUAAGGAGAGUAUGUCAAUUUAUAUUUUUAAAAUGAACGUUUAGUGACGAAAAUGUGUAGAUCUAAAAUUAAUUGUACUAGAGGAUAAGUAAUCAAAUAUUUACAAAAAUAUAUUUCUAAAAAUUUGAAUGAUCUUUGUCAGAUUUGA